GUCGUUACUCGCUCCUUGAUGAGUACUGUUCGAGGAAGGACAAGUUUAUGACAGCCCUUUCGUGGAUGUGAACUUCCAGCAAUCCCAGCAUCCGUCGCCGUGGGCGAGUAGAGCAAAGCAGAACAGAAGAAUGGAUAGCUUCGUCACAGAGGCAGAGAAGGACAGGCUGCUGCUUCCUCUUCUUCCUCUCCAUGGCAUACCAUCGUCGCCGGAUCCGUGUACCGGCGAUGGAUCUGUUGAUUUCACGGGAGCACCAGCGUCCAGGGAGCACUCGGGCAAAUGGAGAGCCUGCUGGUCCAUUCUUGGUGGUGAAUUCUGCGGCGCCCUCGCGUACUACGCGGUUGGGACGAACCUGGUGAGUUACCUGACCAAGGUGCAGCACCAGAGCAAUGUCGAGGCGGCGAGUCGCAUCAUCUCCUGGCAGGGCACCUGCUACCUGGCUUCUCCACUCGGAGCAUUCUUGGCAGAUUCAUAUUGGGGAAAACACCGAACAAUCAUAGUCUCCCUCGCCAUCUUCACCUUGGGAAUGGCUCUACUGACACUCUCAGCUGAGGCUCCAGAGAGUAUCAGUUCAGUGGCGAUCUCUCCUCAGGAUGCUCUGUCCUCGGUAGGCCUUUACAUGGCUGCUCUGGGUUUGGGUGGUAUCUGGCCUUGUGUUCCCACUUUCGGAGCCGACCAGUUCGACGACACCAACGUUGCGGAGAAGACCCAGAAGGAGCUCUACUACAACUGGUACUACUUUGCAGUCAAUGGUGGCUUCUUCUUCGCCAGCACGAUCAUGGUGUGGAUCCAGGACAACUGCGGUUGGGCACUCGGCUUUGGGAUCCCCACAGUUUUUCUGGCAGUCGGCAUUGCCGGAUUUCUCUCUUGCACAAGAGUUUACAGGUACCAGAAGCCCGGAGGAAGCGCGCUUACAAGGACUUGCCAGGUAGCGAUUGCGGCGAUUCGGAAGCUUCAUGUGGAUGUGCCGGUUGACAGCCAUCUUCUGUAUGAGAUUCCAGGGAAGGAGUCGGCCAUUGAAGGCAGCAGGAAGCUGAUGCACACAGCAGGACUAACGUUUCUUGACCGAGCUGCCACAGUCACUACCUGUGAUAAAACAUCUGGCAACCUACUGAACCACUGGAGGCUUUGCACCGUGACACAAGUGGAGGAGCUGAAGAUCCUAGUGAGAAUGCUGCCGAUCCUGGCAACUGCCAUAAUCUUUAACACCGCAGAAGCUUCGUUCCCGCUGUUCGUGGAACAAGGAACAGUCAUGAACAAUCGCAUCGGUGGUUUCUCAGUACCUCCUGCCUCCCUGAUGACUGUCAACUGCGUCUGCAUCCUCAUGCUGGCGCCAGCAUACAGCAAGUUCUUGAUGCCGAUGGCGAGCAGGAUCACUGGCAUGAAGCGUGGGCUCUCGGAGCUGCACCGCAUUGGUGUCGGUAUGGUCUUCGCGGUGAUUUCGUUGGUGCUAGCUGCCUCGGUCGAGAUGGUACGCCUCGACGUCGCGAGGAGCAGAGGACUGUCACACCAGAACGUGGUGGUUCCGAUGAGUAUCCUCUGGCAGGUACCGCAGUACUUCUUCGUCGGUGUGGCGAAGGUGUUCAGCGUGGUUGGUUUCAUCGAAUUCGCAUACGAGCAGUCCCCUGACGCCAUGAGAAGCAUGUGCCAGGCUUGCACUCUCAUCAUGGUCACUCUCGGCAGCUACCUUGUCUCCAUCAUGUUGAAGAUCAUCAGCUCGGCGACAAGUAUAGGAGGGAAACAUGGCUGGAUCCCCGAGAACCUCAACGAAGGGCAUCUAGAUCGGUUCUUCUGGUUCAUGGCCGGGCUUCAGUUCCUGAACUUGCUUGUAUUCAUCUAUUGCAGCGCAAGGUACAGGCGCAAACUACCUAACUGAGUUUGAUCCUGAACGUAUUUAUCCUGGUAGUUAUUGUGUACCCUUUUUUCCUAGGAAUUUGAACUUAGGUUUCGAACUAGUAUCGGAAUAUGUCCAUUUCAGACAAUAUAAGGGGUACAAUAAAGUUAUGUAUGGGAGACCGAAGUCAAAACUGGGUGAAAGCCAAAAGCGAGAGAGAACACAAAAGUGAAUUCUAUUUUUUAGCUUCCUACUUCCUAUUUAGUAGAUAUUCAUCUGGAUUACCACAUUUAGUGAAAGCUUCGCCACUUUUUACCCCUACUAAUAUA